CAAAACCUUAGCCAGAGCCCCUGAGCAAGAUGGCGGCUCCAGAAACGCAUCACGCGGAUAUUACGUUUUUCUGUAUGGUGACGUAGUGCGUAAAAUACGCAGUACGUAACGGACGUUCGGAUCAAGAAGCGCACUUGGAACUUUUAAGAGGGUGACAGUGACCCAACAUGUUUCGUCCCAAACCGACUCUGAAGGACCGACAGCACCUGUACAAGCUUAUCAUCAGCCAGCUGCUCUACGAUGGAUACACUAGCAUCGCCAACAGUCUCAUCAAUGAGGUGAAGCCACAGAGCGUUGUGUCUCCCUCUGAGCAGCUCAUGCAGCUGGCAAAGAUAGGGAUGGAAAAUGACGAUAGUGCCGUUCAGUAUGCGAUCGGUCGCUCAGAUACUGUAGCCCCGGGUGUUGGCAUCGAUCUGGAAUUUGACGCAGACGUCCAGACCAUGUCUCCAGAGGCGUCAGAGUAUGAGACCUGCUACGUCACAUCUCACAAGGGCCCUUGCCGCGUUGCUACAUACAGUCGAGAUGGUCAGCUGAUCGCUACAGGCUCCGCUGACGCCUCCAUCAAGAUCCUGGAUACUGAGCGCAUGCUGGCGAAGAGUGCCAUGCCCAUUGAGGUGAUGAUGAAUGAGACGGCGCAGCAAAACAUGGAGAAUCACCCUGUGAUUCGGACGCUGUACGACCACGUCGAUGAAGUCACCUGCCUCGCCUUCCAUCCCACCGAACAGAUUCUGGCAUCUGGCUCCAGAGAUUACACCCUCAAACUGUUUGACUACUCCAAGCCCUCUGCAAAAAGAGCCUUUAAAUAUAUACAGGAAGCAGAAAUGCUGCGUUCAAUCUCCUUCCACCCCUCAGGUGACUUCCUGCUAGUGGGGACGCAGCACCCCACCCUGCGCCUCUAUGACGUCAACACUUUCCAGUGCUUUGUGUCUUGCAACCCACUGGACCAGCACACAGACACCAUCAGCGGGGUCAGCUACAACCCCACAGCUAAUAGCUAUGUCACCUGCAGCAAGGACGGCAGCAUCAAACUGUGGGACGGUGUCUCUAACCGCUGCGUGACGACCUUCGAGAAGGCACACGACGGAGCGGAGGUGUGCUCCGCCAUCUUCUCCAAGAACUCCAAGUACAUCCUGUCCAGUGGGAAAGACUCGGUGGUCAAACUUUGGGAGAUCUCAACAGGCCGGACUCUGGUCAAGUACACAGGCGCGGGGCUGAGCGGGCGUCAGAUGCACCGUACGCAGGGCGUGUUCAACCACACGGAGGACUACGUGCUGCUGCCCGACGAGCGCACCAUCAGCCUCUGCUGCUGGGACUCCCGCACAGCCGAGAGGAAAAACCUGCUGUCUCUGGGUCACAAUAACAUUGUCCGCUGCAUCGUCCACUCACCAACCAACCCGGGCUUCAUGACCUGCAGUGACGACUUCAGGGCCCGCUUCUGGUACCGCCGCACCACCACAGACUGAGCCACCAAAACAAGAGGGUGUCUGACUCUUGUGAAGCCUUCCCUGACCUCAGCAAACACUCGCAGUCUUCUUCAAUCAUUUUCAGUUCAAUGGAAAGAGGACAGUGGAAUCAGAGGAACAGUGCGUAGGAAGAAAAAUAAGUCAUGUGGUUUUCUUUUUUAUGACCUAUUAAAGAGUGUAGAAACUUCAGUGGUAACACUCUUCUCACAUUUCUUAGAUAUCAUUCUGCAGGUUUGAUUUAUUUUCCGCUUUUAUAUUUUGUGUAUGUCCUUAUGUUGUAAUUCAGAUUUUUAAUAAACAAUUCAAAGGAAAAAA